UCCCUGCCAUAGGAUUAACACAGAAAACUAGUGUCUAAUGUUAAACGUAUGGGAAAUGUACUCAAAGCUAGAGUCCGGGUGAGAGUGACGUCACGUGAUUUGUUUACCACUGAAAUUGAGUGCAAAGUUUUAGUUGUGAUUAUAAUUGCAAUUAAAAUAAACACAUUAUUUGAUAACUGAUCCCAUUAUCAGAUCAUAUCUACACUACUGGUACUCUUCAGAGUACAUGUGAGUGCACUUUGACAUCGAGUCCGCAGCGCAUCCAAAGAUCACAUCCCAUUCACAAGACUUGUGUGAUCGCCACGUGUUAUGAUAACUAAUGUAUAAAUAUACGCAAUCCGUGUCCAAAUGGCGGCCAAUUGUCUGCCGCUGCCAUCGCCUGCGGAAGAAUGAUGUGCAAAGCCGUCGGUGUCUGGCAUCGCAUCCGAAGAUAACCACUCACUACUCAGUGGUGCCCAGAAGUGGUGACCAGCGAUGGAAAGACAUCCCAAUGGAGAGAGUGGUCGACGAGACGGAU